GAGAGAGGGAGGGAGAGAGGGAGUGUGUGUUUGUGACUGGUGACUGUGUGUGUGUGUACGAGAGAGAGAGAGAAAGAGAGAGAGAGAGAGAGAAUGGAAGGAGCUGCAUGGGGCCGUCACAUUCUCUCCUGCUGGAUGCUGUCUUUCUUUCCUCUUCGUGGCUUUGUCCCUCCUCCUCCUCCUCCUCCUUCUUCGCCUCUUCUUCCUCCUCCUCCUCCUCCUGCUGCUGCUGCUGCUGCUGCUGCUCAUUCACCUCAAUCACCUCCUCUGUCCGGACGCACUGAGUGGCCGGCAGCAGGCGGCGGUGCUCGGCCACGGAACCGAGGAUGAUCCGGCCUCGACAAAGAGGCUUCAGAUGAUGGCAGCGUGCGCUCCUGCUCGUGCCUGGAGGGAGGAACGCGUCAGGCUUUCCCAGGCAAGCGGCAGCCUGCAGUGUGCCCUCCUCCUCCUCCUCUCGUCCUCUCCUCUUCCUCCUCCACACCGUCGUGUGUGUGACAGAGAGGGAAGCGUGUAGUGAGUGAGUGGAUGUGUGUGAGUGUUGUAUAAGAGAGAGUGUGUGUGUGUGUGUGAGUGAGUGUGUGUGUGUGUGUGUGAGUGUAUUUACGCACUCCGGUCGUUUCCAGUUCUUCACGGAGGAGAGAGGCUCUCCUCUUCACCGGUCGCCAAGGGACAUUUUGAAGUUGGAAGGCUGCUGUCCACCAGGACCUGAGGAUGUUUCGGAAGAAGAAAAAGAAGAGGCCUGACAUAUCAGCGCCGAAGAACUUUGAGCACCGCGUGCACACCUCGUUCGAUUCCAAGCGCGGCUGCUUCGUGGGUCUUCCAAUGCAAUGGCAAAGUUUGAUCGAGAACCUACGCAGACCCAGACCUAUGGUGGAUCCUUCCAGGAUCACAGAGGUGGAGCUGAGGCCAAAGAAGACUAUCGUACGAGGGACCAUGAUCGGUCACGGGGACUACAUGACCGCUAUGAUCAACGACAUGAGCCGCCUGUCCGUGACCAGCUCCAACUCUCUGAGGAAGAGCAGCCCCUCGGCCAGGAAGAGGGCGCAGUCGCUGUGCAGGCUGGGGGAGGUGAGCGAGGGAGACACCUACCAGUACGAGAGCCUGACGCAAGAAGAAGACGACGACAAGGACCCGGACAUGGAUGAGUGGGGGAACAGGACCAGGAACAUCCACAGCGAGACCAACACCCCGUACCUGGGGUUGGGGGGCUCGACGGGGGUGGUGUGCAUCGCCAUGGAAAAGCACAGCGGCAGGGAGGUCGCAGUCAAGAUGAUGGACCUGCGGCGCCAACAGAGACGAGAAUUGCUGUUCAAUGAGGUGGUGAUCAUGAGGGACUAUCAGCACAGGAACGUGGUGGAGAUGUUCAAGUCCGCCCUGGUGGAGGAGGAGCUGUGGGUCAUCAUGGAGUACCUCCAGGGCGGGGCGCUGACCAACAUCGUGUCGGAAACCAGGCUGAAUGAAGAGCAGAUUGCCACCGUGUGUGAAGCUGUUCUCCAGGCUCUGGCCUAUCUCCAUUCACAGGGCGUCAUUCACCGCGACAUCAAGAGCGACUCCAUCCUACUCACAUUAGACGGAAGAGUCAAACUUUCAGACUUUGGCUUCUGUGCUCAAAUUAGCAAAGAUAUCCCAAAGAGAAAGUCUUUAGUGGGAACUCCCUAUUGGAUGGCUCCUGAGGUCAUCUCCAAAUCACCGUACGGCACUGAGGUGGACGUUUGGUCCAUGGGUAUCAUGGUGGUGGAGAUGGUUGAUGGAGAGCCCCCAUACUUCAGUGAGACCCCUGUAGCAGCGAUGAAGAGGCUGAGGGAUGAACCGGCUCCGACCGUACGGAACGUCAGCCAGAUCUCCCCGGUUCUGAAGGACUUCCUGGACCGAAUGCUGACUCGGGACCCCUUCGAGCGGGCGAGUGCCACUGACCUGUUGGAACACCCGUUCCUGCUGCAGAGUGGCUCACCUCAGUGCCUGGUCCCUCUGGUGGAGCAAUACCGCAAACGCAUGUCCCGCUGCUGACACCUUUGGGGCUUCUGGCCCCCGAUACCCGAUACUUUACCCGGAUCUGUCCAGGCGCUGCACUGAGAUCGGAACCUGCGAUCGGAACCUCUUGAACCUGAGCCAGUAGGAGGUAAGCUCCAGAGAAGCAGUCUCUGACGUCGCGUUGAUGUCGGAGUGACCGCAGCCGGACGGUGUGGCGGUCUGGCAGACCCAACAUGGACCCAGGAUUGAGAGACGCACUUUAGGAGUCACUUUGAGGCAGCAUGCGGCGUCUACCCUCA